UCCCUCUCUCUCCCCUCCUUCCAGGCACUUGCAGCCAAUGCGGGCACAGGUUUUGCCGUAGCGGAGCCUCAGGUGGCCAUGUUCUGUGGGAAGCUCAACAUGCACGUAAACAUCCAGACAGGACGCUGGGAACCGGACCCUUCCGGGCUGAAGAGCUGUGUAGGAACCAAAGAGGGCGUGCUGCGCUACUGUCAGGAGAUGUACCCUGAGCUCCAGAUCACUAACGUGGUGGAGGCCAACCAGCCAAUCAGGAUUGAGAACUGGUGCAAGAAGGAGAAGAAGCUGUGUAAAGGCCACGCCCACAUCGUGGUGCCUUACAAAUGUUUAGUGGGGGAGUUUGUGAGUGACGUGCUGCUGGUUCCUGAGAAGUGCAGGUUCUUCCACAAGGAGAGGAUGGACAUGUGUGUCAGUCACCAACAGUGGCACGGGGUGGCCGAGGAGGCCUGUUCCAAGGGGACCAUGGUCCUUCACAGCUAUGGCAUGUUACUGCCCUGUGGCAUUGAUAAGUUCCAUGGUACAGAGUAUGUAUGCUGCCCCUCCCCUGGGGAACCCUCCCUGCCCGCCAUGCCCUCCCAGGAGGAAGAAGAAGAAGAUGAAGAGGAGGAUGAAGAGGUGGAGGAGACGGCACUGGAUCAGGAUGAUCUUGUAGAGAAGGAGAGCGAGGCCCCAGCUGAUGAGCAGCCCACCACUCAGAAAGAGGAGCCAUUGGAUGAGGAAGAUGAAGAUGAGGAAGAAUACCACUAUGUGUAUGAAGAUGAGGAGGCCGACAGAGAGGAAGAGGAGGAGGAGGAGGAGAAGAAAGAGAGGGAUAGUGUUCCAGAGAGCCAGGAUGAAGACAAGACCCUGACAGAGGUCAAAGUGGUGUGCACCCUGGAGGCUGAGACCGGCCCCUGCCGUGCCUCCAUGGCCCGCUGGCACUUCGAUAUGACAACCAGGAAGUGCGUCCGCUUCGUGUAUGGGGGCUGCGCUGGAAACCGCAACAACUUUGACUCUGAGGAAUACUGCAUGGCCGUGUGCAAACGCCUUAGUAAUGCCCCCACCCCUCAGCCCACUGACGAUGUUGACGUGUACUUUGAGACGCCCGCUGAUGACAAGGAGCAUACACGCUUCCAGAAGGCCAAGGAGCAGCUGGAGAUCAGGCACCGUAACCGAAUGGAGAGGGUGAGAAAGGAGUGGGAGGAGGCAGAGCGUCAGGCUAAGGAGCUUCCUAAGGCUGAGAGACAGACUCUGAUCCAGCACUUCCAGGCCACAGUAGAGUCUCUGGAAGAGGAGGCAGCCAGUGAAAAGCAGCAGCUGGUUGAGACCCACCUGGCUCGGGUAGAGGCCAUGCUCAACGACCGCCGCCGCCUGGCGCUGGAGAACUACCUAGCCGCCCUGCAGGCUGACCCACCGAGGCCCCACCGUAUCCUGCAGGCUCUGAGGCGGUAUGUGCGCGCGGAGAACAAGGACCGUCAGCACACCAUCCGCCACUACCAACACGUACUGGCUGUCGAUCCUGAGAAGGCUGCCCAGAUGAAGUCCCAGGUGAUGACCCACCUACGUGUGAUCGAGGAGAGGAUGAACCAGAGUCUGUCUCUGCUCUACAAGGUUCCCUACGUCGCCGAGGAGAUCCAGGAUGAGAUUGAUGAGUUGCUUCAGGAGCAGAGGGCAGACAUGGACCAGUUCCUGUCGUCUAUCUCAGAGUCUCAGCCGGACGUUACCGUGUCAUCAGAGGAGAGUGUGGAGCUUCCUGUCUCCGAAGGGAAACCCUACCGCCCCUUCCAGGUCACCUCCCUGGGGUCGCGACCUGAACCAGAGGGUUCAGGGAUGUACGGCCAGGACGGGCUGAUCGGAGCCGAGGAGAGGAUCAUCAACAGCAAGCCCAAGAUCAACAACAACAUGGUGGUUGAUGAGACUCUGGAUGUAAAGGAAGUGAUAUACAGUGCUGAGAGAGUCAGCGUUAUGCAUGGUGAUGAGCUGGAAUCCUACCGUCCUCUGGGUGAGGACUUCAGCUUCGGGAGCUCUGCUCUGAUUGGGCUGUUGGUGAUAGCGGUGGCCAUAGCAAUGGUGAUAGUGAUCAGCCUGGUUAUUCUGAGGAAGAGGCAGUACGGAACCAUCAGCCACGGCAUUGUGGAGGUUGACCCCAUGCUGACCCCAGAGGAGCGCCACCUCAGCAAGAUGCAGAACCACGGCUACGAGAACCCCACCUACAAAUACCUGGAACAGAUGCAGAUCUAGGAUUCGCUGUGGCACCGAGCAGAGAGGAGGGGCCAACAUACUACUGACCAAUAACAAAAAAAUACUCUCCUCAGAAAUCAUUUGCGUAAUUACAUCAGAUCACAAUACAUAUACGGAUUUGUUUCAAACCGAUCCUUGAAGAAUAAUGCUAAAACUACUGCUACCAUUGUACUUUCCAGCUCCCUUUGAAUCUUGGGGUUUCUUUUAAAAGGGUGAUGUACGUAAUCUCUACGUUUUAUAUAAUAUGUGAUUUAAUAAUUAAUUAUUACUCUCUGAAGAUUUAAGAUGUGUUGUUUUUUUAAAUUUGAUUUGUUGUUGUUGUUUUUAAAAAACAUGCAACAAAGGUAAGAAACCAAGCAACGCCAUUGUUGACUAUAAAUGUAUCUCAUCAUCAGACAACAAGGAGAACACUAACAUUUUGUUUCCCAUCGUAUCAGUGUCCCAAAACCUUCUGACGGUCUUCUCAGAAUAACAAAGUUGUUGUUGGUUUCUUUUUCAAUAGAUUGCUUGUAUAUGAAGGUUCUUUGUACCUAUUUAAUGAUGUAUAGUGAAACUACAAAUGAGGAAAAAGAAUGAAAACAAAAUCAUGAAUUCAGUUACUUUCUAUUCUUUGUUAUGAUUACAAACAAAAUAUACAUAAACAGUUUAAAAAUAUAUAUAUAUAUAUAUAAGUAGCUGUUUUUAUUCCACCAGGGAAGAGAGGCUGAAACUGGGAUGGUGG